AUGUCUACUGAAGAUGUGAUACAUGAAGGUUCAUGUCAUUGUGGAACUGUCAAGUGGACAGUGCGAGCCCCUGAAGUGUUGGACUGCAUAAAAUGCAAUUGUUCAAUAUGCAGAAAGAAAUCGAAUGAUCACUUUAUCAUCACGAAAGAUAGAUUUACACUGCAAGAGGGCAAAGAAAACCUUACGACAUACACGUUCAACACACAUCAGGCAAAGCAUCUCUUUUGUCGGACAUGUGGUGUACAAUCAUUCUACGUGCCAAGGUCGAGCCCGGAUUGCAUAGUUUAUCACCUUCAGGAAUCAUGCCACAUUGCAUAG